GGGGCUGGGUCCCUCGGGCACUUGGGUGGGGACUGGGACCCCCGGACACCUGGGUCCCCCGGACAUCUGGGUCCCACGGGCGCCGUCCGCAGAUGCUGGCGCUGCUGUGGGGUGAUGGUGAUGGCGACGGCGGCGGCCGGGGGGGACCCCGGGGGGGGCCGUGCAGUUUCCUGGUGGUCGGUGAUUGGGGGGGCAUCCCCGAGCCCCCCUUUGCCACCCCCCGCGAAGUGGCCACAGCGGCCGCCAUGGGCCGCGCGGCCACCGAACUGGGCGCCGACUUCGUGCUGGCGCUCGGGGACAAUUUCUACUACAAGGGGGUGCGGGACGAGUGGGACCCCCGGUUCCAGGACACCUUCGAGCGCGUGUUCUCGGUCCCGGGGCUGCGGAACCUUCCCUGGUUCGUCUUGGCCGGGAACCACGACCACGCCGGGAACGUCACCGCGCAGAUGGCGUACGGACGGCACUCGCCGCGGUGGCACUUCCCGCACUAUUUCUACAGCCUCCGCCUGUCGCUGCCCGGCACCAACGCGUCAGCGCGGCUGCUGCUGCUGGACACGGUGCUGCUGUGCGGGGGGGGCGACGACGCCGGGGGGGGCCGCCCGCGCGGGCCCCGGGACGCGGCGGCCGCGGCGGCGCAGCUGCGGUGGCUGCGGCGCCGGCUGGCGGCGGCGCGCGGGGACCGGUUCGUGCUGCUGGCCGGGCACUACCCGCUCUGGUCGGCCGGCGAGCACGGCCCCUCGGGCUGCCUGCGGCGCCUGCUGCGCCCCGCUGCUGCGCCGCCACCAGCGCCACGGCCCUACCUGAGCGGCCACGACCACAACCUGCAGUUCCUGCAGGAGGGAGGCGUGGCCUACGUGGUGAGCGGCGCGGGGAACUUCGUGGAGGCGUCGCGGCGCCACGCGGGGGCGCUGCCGCCCGGCGCCCUGCGCUUCUUCUUCGGCGCCCCCGCGGCGCCCGGCGCGUUCGCGCACGUGCGGCUGCACCCGCGCGCGGCCACCGUCACCUUCCUGGAGAGCACGGGCCGCGUGCUGUACCGCGUGACCCUGCCGCCGCGCGACCCCCUGACCCCGGGCGCCGGCCCCCGGGCUGCGAGCGGGGCGGGACCCCCCGGAGCCCGGGGGAGCCCCCACAAUAAAGGCUUUGGGGGGAGAAGCCGCCAGCGGCCGCCCCGAAACCGCCGCGUUUCGCCCCCGAAAUCGCCGCGUUUUCGCCCCGAAACCGCCGCGCCCCCGUCCCGGUUCGCGGGCGAUUGGGGCGGGAAGGGGGCGCGGCAGCGUUCUGGCCACGUGACCCGCCCCCCCGCCGCCGAUUGGGUGGAGGUCGCGGAGCCAUCGCCCAAUGGAUGCGAGGGAGGGCGGAAGGGGCGGGGCGUGGGGCCGUUCCGGUGCGGGUCCCGCCGCCGCCCCGCCAUGGGCCGCCGCAAGUCGAAGCGGAAACCGCCGCCCAAGAAGAAAGUGACGGGGACGCUGGAGACGCAGUUCACGUGCCCGUUCUGCAACCACGAGAAGUCCUGCGACGUCAAGAUGGACCGCGCCCGCAACACCGGGGUGAUCUCCUGCACCGUCUGCCUGGAGGAGUUCCAGACGCCCAUCACCUACCUGUCAGAGCCCGUGGACGUUUACAGCGACUGGAUCGAUGCCUGCGAAGCCGCCAACCAGUGACGUCCCUGUGCCGGGGGGCGUCGCUGCCCCCUGUCCCCCCAGGGUGACGCUGUCCUUGUCCCCCCCCCCGGCCGCUCUGUGGCAUUUUCGUUGUUGUCUCCGUUUCUGUCCUCAGACACGGGGGCUCCGGUGGCGACCCCCGAGCGCGUCCCCUGGACACUGAACCGCAGGGCGGCCCGAGCGCUGCGGGGACACGGGGGACACGGGGGCGGGUGUGCGGGGUGACACGUUUUUGGCAGAACCCCUCCCAAUAAAUGCCCUCGCGGGCUGGGCCGGG